AUGUCCUGUGUGGGGAUGUCUUGUUACGAAGAUGGCUUCCGGUUAGCUGGUCCUGCUUCGGAAUGUUCUCUCAGGAGCAAGGCCCGCAUCGACGCCCUUUUCGAGGACUCAAGGUCGAUUUAUGGGUCCACCAUGGGAGGCUGGUACGGCGGAGUAUCCACCAUGAACUCGAACCAUUUGGAGGACAUGGGGGUGGACGAGCAGAGAAGGGUGAACAGCGCGGUGCAGGCGCGAAUCGAGGCGAUGUUCGCUUCCGUGGAAGCUGAAAGCGGAACACCAGGGGAAUGCGCUGCCGCCAUUUUACCGGUGAAAUACAUGGGGGCAGCUCCAGUCGGAGGUCGUGUGGCGAGUGUCAGAGGCCUUCAAGAGCCUCUUCGUCAGCUUUUGGAGCGGAUAGAAGGUUCCGUGAGAGCGGAACUCGAGGUUUCAAGGCGUGGAUUGACAUUUCGCACGUCAGAUGCAACGGAGAAGAACAGCCCCUUCCGUAGAAUCGCGGUGUGGAGCGCUCUGAGGCUGCGCAGCAAGAGGAUGCCGUCUGGAGAGCUGCAUCACGCUUUCUUGCCGUUGGUAGGCGAUCACGAGCAAAGCCAGGCAGGCGAGGAGAGGCACGCGGACCUGUACAGGACUAUGCGAGGUCUGAAAACGACCGCGGACCAUUAUCCACCAAUAUUCGCUGUAGUAAUGCGACGACCAGGGGCCAAUAGAGUGCUCGAAUGCCACGCCUUCGCCUGUGAAACCGAAGAGGACGCAGUGGCAGCCGCAGCAACCCUCUACAGAGCACUUCUAGCCGAUCUUGACGCGAAUAGACGUCGACCAAGGCAGGCUAAUGGCGUGGGUUGCAUGAGCUUGGCCUCGGUAGCUUCCAGCGUCAGAGAAGCCAGUCCAAGCAGCAGAAUGGGCGCCAGAAUGAACAUACUCCAAGCUGAGGUAGCCAUAUCCACUCCUUCUCAUCCUGUAAGGCCUCCACGUACCAAGAAGACGUCUGUCUGCAGUUCUGUGACAGAAGAAGAGACUGUAAAAUCAGCAGAAUUAUUGAAAGUCCCCAGAAGAAAGAAGAAGAACUCUGACGUGAAGGCUGAAGACAUUCUGGAGGCUCGAGGAAGAAGAAAAGAGCCACCUCCAAAGGAAAAAACGAGUCCAGUGCUUCAGAGCUUCUGUUCCAUCCAGAAGAACUUCGACUUGAAGGUCUCCAAGGAGGAAGAACGUCAAAAUUCGAAGAAUACGACGUUUGGAAGUAAAAAGGACCUUAGUGUCCUGGAAAAUAUCGAAGUGGCGAAUUCUAACAGUUCUACAGGGAAGAUCUACGACGUUGGGGUUAAUGGAUUCUACGAGACAGUGUCCAAUAGGUACGAAAAGCUUCCUGUAUUCAACAGAGCUGAGAAAAAUGAGACUCCAGGCAAGCAAAGUCCAGUUAAAGAGCUUGAGGACGUCAAGGUUUGCGAGAAAAAUUACGGAUCUUACGACUUGAAUUCACUCAAAGAUGUGCUGAAGCGACAGGAUAUGUAUUCUUCAAGGCCAGAGACGCUGAUCUAUGACAGAGUAGAGAAGACAUGCUGUAAGAGUGAGGAGAAUUUGUUGUACGAACGAGCUAAUAAGAGGGGCAGCAAGGAGAGACUCUAUGAGGAGCAUUUUAAGGAUGCUGACAAAAUCUAUAGUUUUGCUCAGGAAGAAAUCUACAGUGGAAGAAGCAGUAGAAUGGAGAAGGGAAAGAUAAGAAGUUCUCAGGAGGAUAUUUAUUUUGGUAGAUCCUCUAGAAGCGAUCUCUAUCAGGUGACUCAAGAGAACUGUGGAGAGUCUGUGUCUGUGGAGAGAAGGAGAUCAAGGGACCAAGAGAAGCCAUCUUCUGGGAAAAGAGUGAGCAGAGUGGUUACCAUGGAUAAGCCUUUGAAGAAGCAACUGAGCGAUUCGACGUCCAAUUUGGACAUACCAGAGUACAGUCAGCCCAGAGUGAGAAAGAGAAGCAGGGCUGGCAGUGAACCUCCUGUCAGCAAGUCUGAGGAUGCUAUGAAGAUCCUUCAGGAGACUAGAUUGAAGAGAUCCCAGAGUGAUAUUGAUGUGGAUAGAGGUGAUCUGAUGACCAGGGUUGAGCUACCUAGAAGAGGAAGCUUUUUAAACCCUGGAAGUGCUAGGAGGCCUAAUAGCAUCAAGGGUGGCACUCCUCUAGGAUUUACUGAGCUGUUUGAUGAAUUUAGAAACCAGGAAGGUCUGACCAGUGUCGAUGAUAUCUUGGCUGCUAUUAUUGAUCCUGAAGGGAUGUCCUUCAACGACCUGAAACCCUUGUACAAAGAAUUCUUGCUGAAACUAGCAGCCACACUGACACAGGAUGAGCUCUAUCAGAGAUCAGCCAGCAUAAUGAGGAGACGUCGAAGGCCACAACGAAGACGAUCCAGUCGUCGAACCUGUCUGCUUGGAAGGGCUAUCAAGAGGUCGGUGUCCAGGCUGAAGGGAGGACCUACAGAGUUCACUUCCGUGAUCUUCCCAGCGAGAAGAUUGAACGACAGUUUUGGCAGCAGUUCUUCCUGCGAUGCCAGGAACAAUCACAGGAACCGUGUGCUGUCUAAUAGGCUGGGGAAGAGGAAAUCCUCCUGGAGGACGAGCAAGAAUGGCGCUUGUCACACUACUUCGGAAGAUAGUGACACUUGCAGAAGACUAAGUAAAAACGCAGGAGCAGCCGCCAACAGGAGCAGCAGCGGGUACGUGAGCUGCAGUGAGUGCAGCUACGACUCCGAGUCCUGUACUUGUGUGUCAGCGGAGAAGUGUUACUGCUCUUUGUCCAGGAGGAUCCCAGCUACGCCGCAGGUGCCACCAAACACAGUGGUCUGCGCUUGUGACACAGACAGCUGCUCAGAGAGUAACAAAUGUUACUGUGCUCGACAACCUAUUCGACCCACGAUACUGGAACAACUGAGACAAAGAGGCAUAGUGCCCUCUGAGGGUACUCUUAGCAGAGCCGGAAGCCCGGACAGAACUCGAGCGACGAAAACCGGCAGAAGUCGAACGCCUUCCCAAGGUUUGGAUGUACUCAAGAAGCAGUCAUCGUCAAGCUACGGCAGUUCGAACAACCUCGCCCUGGAUUACGACCUAUUCAAUCCGGGCCGGAAGUCUCAGCAGUCUUCAGACAGCGAGAAGGUGCUAGUUGUCAGUGCCAGGGAUACUCAGGGUCGUUUGGUAUACGUUGGCGGCGCGGACAGGGACAAGAAGUGUCUCUCUCAUUGUUCCAAUAGGUCAGGAGGACAUCACGAAGCACUCUCGAUAAAAAAGAGCGCAGAAAUCGCCGCCAUCUUUGGGGCUGACGCGAACAGGAUUAGCAGACGAGCCAGCAACGCCUCCAGCAUCAGAAGUUCCAUUAGUUUGGAGGCUGGACUAGGAUAUUUACCAUGA